GACUUCCAGGUUUGUUAUCGUUUUAAAUGCACCGGUAAAGGCACUGAUUGAUUUAUUAUUUGCUUGUUGACAAUGAGUCAAAAAGGAGACCAGUCAAGUCAGCUGUCAGGCUUCUCCGGGUUCUCAGUAAUUCGGAGCUCCAGCCCCCAACCUCAGGAGAUCAUUCAAUCCUCAAAACAGGGAGACACUGAGAAAUUGAUCAAUGAUGUCACCGAGUGUGAGGAAACGAUCACCGAAGCUGCAAGAGUUCGAUUGAUCCAGGAAUGCCUUGAAGAAGUCGCCAAUGAUGCUGAUGCACUUCCUCCUGAGACAUCCUCCAAAUUAAGGCACAUUCUCCAAGUACAAAGUGUCGACAAGUACCUGAGAAUAGCUGUGAAUAUCGCGGAUGGUAGUCAGACUCAGUUGCUGGGAAUUACUGAUGUCUCGAGGCCUGAAUUGAGUUUUGAUGAGAAGAAAAUGGUAAAGGCCGAAGUGGAAACGAGGAUCCAAGAGAAGUGCCAGAGGUUCAUCACAAAAUACGAGGAAUUUGGUGGGAAUAUCAAAGAGGCGAUGGACGUGAAUAGAUCUCGAUGUAGACUUGCUCUGUGUCGAAUCGAUGAGUCUCUCUUGAGUGAUUGGAAAGAGAAACUAGGAGAAGUCUGUAACGAGUAUCAGAGGGACGUGAUGAAGCUGGCAGAGUUGUUGGAAGAUUGGAAGAGACUCAAGUAUGAUGACGUCGAGGAGAUAAAUGUAAAAAAGGCGGAAACUAAACGACUCCAGUCCCAACUGGCUGAGCUCCAAGCGAGGCUGAGCAAAAUCUCCUGCACGAUAAAGAUGUUUAAGGAAACGCCAAGGACAAUCGCUGCCUUCAAAUCAAUUAGCCAUGACCUGGAUGAGAGAAUCGCUGGGGUCGAGGGGGAAAUCAAGAAGAAAAAACUCCUGAAGAAGCAGUACGAGGAUCUUCAGGGAACCGAGUACGACGAGGUUCUAAAGAGGUACCUAGACCUCUGUGCAACCAUAAAAAAAGAGGAACGUUUACUGGAGAUGCUUUAAGAGAACGUAAAAAGGAUUCUGUAUAUUUUACUGUACAUGGAGUCAAUUAAUGUGGAUUGAUAGGGAAAAAUGGACUCUGAACCUUUUUUAAUAUUAAAAUUUGAUGCAAUCGUUGAUUAAA